AUGGGAUCCAGAGGGACAAGCUGGCCAGUCAUAACAGAAGCAAGACAGCAACUGCUCACAUCACACGGCUACAGCACCAGGAGACACACAAAGGACCAUCAACACGCUGUCUAUGGACCUGACUGCUUGAUUAGUAAUUGAAAAUAAGUGUGUUACUGGGGAGAAGAAGGGGACUCAUCUCAGGACACAUCUCACAAUCACUGGACAUCUUACUAAGUGACUGUUGGAAGAUUUGACUUUCUCUACUGAGUACUCAACUCUCAGCCACCUACUUGUGAGAAAGACAAGAAAAAAUCUGGACUGAGGUUUUUCUAAGAAACAUUUUUUAGACGUUGAAAGUGCUCUACAGUUUCCUCAGUGAUGGCAACAACAGGUCUUCAGCUGCUGGGCUUGGUGUUGGCUGUGAUGGGUUGGGUGUGUGGGGCGUUGGUGUGCGCGGCUCCUCUGUGGCGUGUGUCCGCCUUCGUGGGUGGAGAGCUGGUGAUUGCCCAGGUGUUGUGGGAGGGACUGUGGAUGAACUGCCUGUCUCAGACCACAGGCCAUAUCCAGUGCAAGAGUUAUGACUCCACCCUGGCCCUGCCCACCUCUGCCCAAGCUGCCCGGGGCCUCACGGUUCUCUCCCUGCUGCUCUGCGUCCUGGCCCUCAUACUUGGGGUGGCGGGGGCCAAGUGUACUCACUGCAUGGGUGACAGCAACCAGGCCUCCAAGGCACGCCUGGGUAGGAUAGCAGGGGUGCUCUUCCUUGUGGCUGGCCUUGCCUACUUGAUACCCAUCUGCUGGACUGCCUAUGUAAUCAUCCGGGACUUCUAUAAUCCGAACAUUGCAGCGCCUUUAAAGAGAGAGCUGGGGCCGGCACUGUACCUGGGCUGGGGGGCCUGUGUGCUGCUCCUGGUGGGGGGUGCUCUGCUGCAUGUCGGCUCGUCUUCACCAGUAGGAAGAAUGCGGCCCGUUUUCGCAGGAGCAGCAAAGGACAACCCACAUCCAGGGGCAGCAGGAGAGGGGAAGCAACCGGAGAAAUCUUUUGUAUGAGAUCAUUUUAUUGGACGUGUGAGGGAGAAACCCAGAGUCACAACCUCGUCACACACGCUUCUGGAAAUUGCAAGGUCACAAUUUAUUACAGGAUAUUCAGCUUACACUGUGCUUUAUAUCUUAAAAAGCAGAAUAAGUAUAUGUGUAUUUAAGUUAUAAUGUGGAUUUCAUGUUGGUAACUGAUGGUUUUACAUUUAUUAAUACAUUUACAUAAUGAACUGCACAGCAAUGGUUUCUAAUAGAAUUGACAUUAUUUAUUAGCUUUCUGUCAGAGUGGGAGUUGACAUGAAUUGUGGGAGGAUUUUAGAUGUUUAGAUGUUUACUAAUGUGUGUGACUUACAUUUCUCAAAUUCCUGUCUGCCUCUGCUUGUGCUUGGGUGGUCUGUGUACAGAAGACCAGUGUACACAGUAUAUCAGUGUAUGCUGGUGUGUUCACUGAAAAUGUGUGUGGGAAUUCAGAGCCAAUUUUAUUUACUUCUUCUUUACUUAUUUAUUUAUUUCACAAAGUUUAUUUACUUUUUAUAAUUACGAGUAUUUGGGGUUUUCUAAGCAAAUUUUUACUAUUUUUUUUGGUCCUUUUUUCUAUUUAUCUCUUUAUUCUUGUUUACAUUUAUUUUUACUGUUGUUCUGCAAUAUGUGUAUUUACUUUAAGUUUUAUUUAUUAUUAUUAUUUACGCCCCUAUUGUCUAUGCUUUGGAGAUUAUUUUUUUCUUAUGUAUGAGAAAAAAAUAUUGUUUAUGUAAUAUAAUUUCCAGUAGUAGCAAUAGUUUUAUUAAUUUAGUUUAACAAAUGCAAUUUAAAAAACAUUUGUUGCUGACCUGAACAACAUUUUUGACCUUGUGUUCUAUAACUUUAUAUCUGUAGUUUACUAAUUCUCACCAUUAAAUAAAAGAAGUCUUUGGCUCUCACUGGGUUAGGAUAAAUAAAAUGGUUGGCUAUGAUUAGGGUUAGGAUAACAUAGUCUAGAGACUAAUGUUUCAUGUAGCUUUUCCCACAUCACAGCUGAAUUAAUACCAUUACAGUAUACAUUAUUUAGUAGUGUGACAUUGCAUUUUGCAUCAUUUUUCGUGUUGACUGACUAUAAUUUAUAAUCAGAAUCAGAAU